CGACGCGCGCGAUCCGCCAGUCAGUCCAGUGUUUGCCGAGCGAGAGAACAGUCCUGGAGGCAGCGUCCAGUCCCGGCCUCUCCCUUUCUCUCUCUCGUUCGCUCACUCCCUCUGCCGCAUCGGCGCCGGCCGGCGAGUUCACCCCGGGCUGUAUGCCCCUCUCUCUCUCUCUCUCUCUGCUCCGCUCUGUGCACCGCCGUCUGUCUCUCUCUGUCCUGCACCGCGAGUGACACCGCAGUGACCUGUCGCAGUGGAUUAACGCGCCGUCGACAAGCGCCACUAAGAAGGGCGCCCACCGAGCUCCGGCGCGCGUCCGCACAGGACCGCGAGCAAGCGCAGGCAGGCCGCCGAGGACGUCGUCGCCGUCGCCAGCCUCACCAUGUCGGCCAAGAGGAAGGCCAGCAUCCCAAAGUCCGUCGGCGCCAGUAACGGCCCCGUCUCCUUCGUCACGCACCAGGAGAAGUUUUCGCCCGUCGAGGCGGACGCCGCGGACGACGACCACUUUGGAGGUCGCAAUGGUGACCUCCGCCUCUCCCUGUCCUCCGUGUCGUCGUCGGACCGGUCGCCGGGAAGCACCACGGUCGCCGACGACCCCACUGCCGCCCUGAACGCCACGGCCGCGCUGUGGAGUUACCACGCGGCACUCACGGCCAAGAAGGCGACCCCGCCCGGCCUGCUGGAGCAGACGAGCCCCGUGGACCGCUCCUCACUCGGCCACGAUGCUUCCUCCGUCCACGACGAGACCUCCUCGAGCGGCAACAAGGACGAUGAAGAGGACGACGAUGACGAGUCAGACGAUCGCCUCGACGCGCACAAGUACGACCCGGAGCGUCUGAAGGCCUUCAAUAUGUUUGUUCGUCUCUUCGUAGAUGAAAACCUUGACAGGAUUGUCCCAAUUUCUAAACAGCCCAAGGAAAAAAUUCAAGCUAUAAUUGACUCUUGCACUCGACAAUUUCCUGAGUUUGCAGAGCGUGCCAGAAAAAGAAUUCGAACCUACCUCAAGUCAUGUAGACGGAAUAAAAGAACCAGAGAUAGCAAUGGUACCUGGGAUACAGCUAGACCAACUCCUGCCCAUCUCACAUCAGUGCAGGCAGAACAGAUUUUGGCGUCAGCUUGUGAAAAUGAGAGCCACAAUGCCAAACGGAUGCGUCUAGGCCUGGAACCUGUCAGUCAGCCCAUGCCAUUGUUACCUGGAACUGUGCCGGUGGAGACUUUAUCAAGAACGACAAUGCUUGACCACUUUACCACGACGCAGGCAACUUCAACUCCAAUAACAGUUGCUGCCAUUGGUACAGCUUCAGGACCAACAGUACCUCUCAAUCCUGCAAUUAAUAUGAGCACCUCUCCAGUAUACAAUUCAACACCAAGUUCAGACCGUGAUACAAAAAUUCAACACAGUAUUAAUAGUAUAACAAAUAACAACAAUCAUAUGGUGAAUAAUAAUAAUACAGCCUUUCCUUACAACUCGGUAAAAAAGGAUGUUGUGCCAAAUUUGGAAAUUAUUCCCACUCAAAUGAAAACAUCUCCAACAUCCAUCAAUAGUACAUCGAAUUCACAUUCUAGCCAUAAUAGUAACAGUUCAACUACUAUUACUGCAGUGAACGGAACUACCCCUCAAACUACAACAUCAACACCAGCAUCAGUAUAUCGGCCAAACUUUUCCCAAGCAUUCCAGCGUUCAACUGACACUGUGUCUCCAGCAUCAUCUGGUCCAACAGAUUUAAGUAUGAAAACUACUGCAACAAAGCCAUUGUUGAGUCACAAGCUAAGUAGUACAGAAAUGAUUGCAGUUCGUCAACUUAUCACAGGAUAUAGAGAAUCGGCAGCAUUUCUCCUUCGAUCAGCAGAUGAGUUAGAACAAUUGCUCAUCAAUCAACCAUAAUAUUGUAAAAACUUUUUUUCUUAUGUGUAUAUUUAUUAUCUCCUGUCUGGAGUAAAGAGGCAUGCAUGAAUGAAGCGGCUGUCAUUGAGCAAAUCCAGAUACAGUCUGUAAAAGAGUUGCAUACCAUUAUAUUUAUGCAAUGCCUCUUAUUAGUCAAUCGUGAGACUGAUUAAAGUACAACUAUUUGUAAUUUAUGUACUUACUGAAAAAUGAGAUUCCUGUACAUACUAAGUGUGUCUGUAUUUCAAGAUAAUUGUUUCUUUUUUUCUGAUAUUUGGGAGAAAGUGAUUAUUUCCAAAUGUAAUUUUGUCAGAACAUUUUUGCUUGUUUUUUUUUUAUUAAAUUAAAUUGGAAUACAUUAGUUUUAUGUUAUUGUUUUUAAUAUAGUCAAAUUACUUGUCAAUCUAGGGUACUGUAUUGUUAUUUAACUAUUGCCCAGAAGAAGACCAACCUAUUUAUGAACAGAUAUUGGAAAUUUCUUGGCAUUUAGAAGAAAUUUCUGCAUUCUUUACUUUGUUUGAGCAUCUGUUUUGUGAUCCAGAUAGCAUCAAAGGAACAAAGCAGGGUUUGUUUAUCAAGUGCAAUUAAUAUCUUGUUGAAGAAUUGACUCUAUUUGCAUCUUAGUAUCAGCAGUAACAUUACUCUGUAUUUCCAAAAAAUACUUUGAAUUCAUUAUACCUGGGUAGGGAUUUCCAUUAGGUUUUACUUGGCCAUGCAGAUUAGUGCAAGAUUUCUCAAAUGUUGAGCAAAUAUAAACAUGGUCAGGCAUAACUUUUCCAGUUACAUUGUUUGAUUAAAUAAUUCGUAUUACUCACUAUAAUAUUCAGAACAUACUUUGAACCGUGGGAUGGACAUGGAGGAUGUCUGAAAAAUGGCCAAAAUGCACUCUUUGCUAUUAACUUGGCCCUGCCAGCAUUGCCAAUACAUGCAUAGUACUUCAGACUUGACGAAUAAGAAAUGUGUUACAGCAAACCUUGAAAAAUCUAUUGCACACUUGAGUGGGUCUCUUUGCCUAUGGCCCUAAUUAGGAAUCAUUGGCUAUGGCCACAAGUGAUAAAGAACAGCAUGUUUCUUAUUGAUCCCUCUCAUGAGAACUUCCAUCCAUAAUCCAAAAAGAUUGAUCAUGUUAACUUCCCUGUUGCACAAUUGACCUUUAUACUACUUACUUACGUACUAUUAACAUUGUCACUUCCUUUGCGUGUGUCUUUACUUAUAUCUUUUAUGUCUUAGCUGUGAUUUUUAUGUGUCCAUACAACUUAUUUUCAAUGUAGGCCACUCAUUGUCAUCUUGUAGGAGAUUUAAGCUGUUGAAUGAUUGUUGAUCAAUGUUCACUGUUUGCUGUAGUCAUGUGUGUGUUAUUUAAUGUUGAUGUUCCUUUAUGUCUCUUACGGUUGUGGCAUGUGAUCUACAUAUGUGAAGGAGAAUGAGAGAAAAUUUGUGUCAAGAAAGAACUUACCUUGAGUUUUUAAAUGCAUGUAUCCUUCCUGGCUUUUGAUGUGAUUUCGUGCUCCUUCCUACAACCAAUAAAAUAAACAUUUUUUCAGCAA